AAUCUGAACACUUUCUUGGGGCUGCCAUCUUUUGUCAGCGCUCUUAUGUCAAACUUAAGUUUCUAGUUAUUGUGAAAAAAAUAAAGAAAUAGAGCAUGUGUCAACAUCUUUGACACACAAAAAUGGAUGAUCUGAAGGAUAAAUUCAACUAUGUCUACAGUUCUUCAGUCGAGAAAAAAGUGCAGAUAAAAAUCGGGACUCUAGAUGGCAAGUGUUUGAAGCCUGAAUAUGACAAACUGUUACACAAUCCUAUGUUAGCAUUUUCUGGUCUCUACAAAGAAAACUGUGCGGAUCUGAUAGUUGAAUGUCAAGUUUUCUCAGAAGGGAGACCUUUGGCUCUACCCGUAACCACAUCUUACAAAGCAUUUUCAUCUCGUUGGAGCUGGAAUGAAUGGGUUGUACUUCCUGUCAUGUUCUGUGAUUUGCCUCGAGAUGCACAGUUAGCCCUAACGAUUUAUGACUGUGUUGGACCCUGCAAGCUGCAGCCAGUUGGAGGGACAACUGUUAUGUUAUUUGGAAAUCAUGGUGUUUUCCGACAAGGUAUGUUAGACCUGCGAGUGUGGCCUGAUCGUGUGGCUGACGGCUCCUCACCAAGUUCUACUCCUGGUAAGGCUCGCAGCCAUGGUAAGGAACAGAUGCAGCGACUUUCCAAGUUGUCUAAACGGCAUAGAAAUGGUUACUUACCAAAAGUUGAUUGGUUAGACCGUUUGUCAUUUAGAGAGAUGGAAGUUAUCAAUGAGCGAGAGAAACGUAGCUCUGACUUUCUGUACUUGAUGGUGGAAUUUCCUCAGCUGAAACAUGCUGGUAACCCUCAUUCUGUUGUAUACUUUGAACCAGAUGCCGACAACAUUUACCCAUUCCAAACUCAACCAGAAAUUGUUACUGUACCAGAUCAUGAAAUACUAGAGGAAAACCUUGUGGAGAGCAAACAUCAUAAACUUGCUCGUAGUUUGCGAAGUGGAAUGUCUGACAAAGAUGCAAAGCCCAAUGCAACUGUCCGUGACCAUUUGCAUAACAUAGUUGCUUACCCUCCUACUAAAGUUCUGACAACAGAAGAACAAGACCUUGUAUGGCGAUUCCGAUUUUAUCUUAGCAAUCAAAAAAAGGCUCUCACCAAAUUUUUGCUGUGUGUAAAUUGGAAACUCCAUGCUGAAGUGAGACAGGCUCUGAGCAUGUUGGAAAUGUGGGUACCCAUGGAUGUUGAAGAUGCUUUACAGCUGUUGAGCCCACAGUUCACGCAUCCAGCAGUUCGGCGUUAUGCAGUGUCUCGUUUACAGCAGGCACCAGAUGAGGAUCUGCUCUUAUACCUACUCCAACUAGUGCAAGCUCUUAAAUAUGAAAAUUUUGACGAAAUAAAUGCAGGCUAUUCACGGGUUGUGAAUUCCUAUGGAUCUCAGGAAGAAAAGGAAGCUCCCUCUGUUGUGUGCGAGUGUAGUGCCAGCAGUGCUGUUGAUGUAGAUUUGGAGAAGUCACAUGUAGCUUCUUGCAUCAACAUCAGCUCGAGUUCAGCUGAUAAUUUAGCAAGUUUUCUUAUCUACAGAGCUUGCCAAAACAUGACGUUGGCAAAUUACUUCUUUUGGUAUCUUGUUACUGAGAGUGAGUCCCACGAGAAGGAGCAUGAUGGAGGUAUUUAUCAAGACAACCCUGCAAGAGAAAUGUAUUGUACUGUUAAGAAGACUUUCCUGCAAACAUUACAGAGAGGAAAUAAAGAUUGCCAACAACGUCGCAUUAUUUUAGCUCGGCAACAAAUUUUUAUCACUGAACUGGUGAAACUUGUAAAAAUGGUUGCUCGUGAAAGUGGCAACCGUACCAAAAAGAUUGAGCGUCUACAAUCAUUAUUUGUAGACUCUGAAACCUUUAUGAUUAACUUUGCCAACAUUGAACCAUUGCCAUUUCCACUAAAUCCAGAUAUUUAUAUCAAAGGUAUUGUGGCUGAAUCAGCAACAUUAUUUAAGUCUGCUCUAAUGCCAUCUCGUUUAACAUUCCUUACAACUGACAACACUGAAUAUGUUGCCAUAUUCAAACAUGGAGAUGACCUUCGUCAGGAUCAGCUCAUUCUACAGAGCAUAUCACUCAUGGACAAACUUCUUCGGCGAGAAAACUUAGAUUUGAAGCUUACACCAUAUCGUGUCUUGGCCACCAGCACUAAACAUGGCUUUGUGCAAUUCAUUGACUCCCUGCCUGUUGCGGAGGUUCUUGCCUCUGAUGGAUCAAUUCAGAAUUUCUUCAGAAAGCACCAUCCUAUGGAAAGUGCUCCUUAUGGAAUCCAGCCAGAAAUAAUUGACAAUUAUGUUAGAAGUUGUGCUGGUUAUUGUGUGAUAACAUAUAUCCUUGGAGUUGGUGACCGGCAUCUGGACAACCUUCUCCUUACAUCAGAUGGAAAACUAUUCCACAUUGAUUUUGGCUUCAUUUUGGGGAGAGAUCCUAAGCCACUUCCUCCACCAAUUAAGCUUAGCAAGGAAAUGGUUGAAGCUAUGGGUGGAACAGAGUCUGAUCAUUACCAUGAAUUUCGCAAGCAAUGUUAUACAGCAUUUCUACAUUUACGCAGGCAUGCAAAUCUUAUUUUGAACUUGUUCUCUCUAAUGGUUGAUGCCAGUGUGCCUGACAUUGCCCUAGAACCUGACAAAGCAGUCAAGAAAGUUCAGGAUAAACUCAGACUUGACCUGAGUGAUGAAGAAGCAGUGCACUACAUGCAAACUGUCUUGGAUCUGUCUGUGACAGCUGUCAUUGCAGUUAUGGUGGAGAAAUUCCACAAAAUUGCCCAGUAUUGGCGCACAUAAUAAUUACUACUCUGUGAUAUUUCCUGUUGUCAAAAUUGGGUAUGAAUUGUACUAAAUAUCUGUAAGAGAUUUGUAAGACUGAUGCUGUUCAGUUAUUUGUAACAAGUCUUUGUGCAAUCGAUGUGUGUUCUACACUGUACUGUAGUUACAGUUCAUUUUCAGCUGUGCAUUGGUGAAGAUGAUUUUAACCCUGAUCAUUGAAAUUUAAAUACAAUAUAUGUGAUAUUUUUUACCAAC